AGCAAUUUUGAUUAGUGGCAGCAGUAUAAAUCAAAGUUUGACCAUGUUUCAACAUGCCAAUAUAUCCUGUUUCUCAGAGAGAACCUAUCACAACAUCCAACAGCAUUAUCUUGUACCAGCUGUUGAAAGGGUUUAGAGAGCACAUCAAAAUGCAAUAUUUGAUGUAAUAAGACAACAGAAUGUAGCUGUAGUUGUCGGGGGAGAUGCUAGAUGCUGUUCACCAGGACACACGGCUAAAUAUGGAUCAUAUAGUUUGAUGGACCUGGAGCUGAGACAGAUACUUGAUGUUCAACUAGUUCAGAGCAAUGAAGUCAAAAGUUCAUAUUGGAUGGAAAUGGAGGGUUUGACAAGGUGCCUUAAGAGAGUGGAAGAGGAGGGUAUAGUUAUUAGUGACCUCGUUACUGACAGACAUCCUCAGAUUAAAGCUUACAUGAAAAAAGAAAGAAGUGAUAUCAACCAUUGGUUUGAUAUGUGGCAUAUGGCCAAAGGGGUGUUUAAAAAGUUGGAGGCUAUUGGGAAGAAAAAGAAGUACAAGCAAGUGGGUGAUUGGUCUCGGUCAGUUUCAAACCACCUAUACUGGUGUGCGGCAUCUAGCGAAGGAGAUGGUGAAUUGGUUUCUGAGAAAUGGCUGUCUAUCCUCAACCAUAUCACUAAUGUUCAUGAGGGUCAUGGAAAGCGAUUCCCCAAGUGCUUACAUGGUGACCUGGAGGACAGAGAUUGGAUUAAGAAAGGUAGUCUAGCUUUCCAGGAGAUGGAAAAGGUUGUUAAUGGCAGACUUUUGGUACAAGACAUCAAGAAACUCUCCCCUGCAGAGCAAACUUCAGCCCUGGAAGCAUACCACAAUGUUGUGUGUCAUUUUGCACCUAAAGCUCUGCAUUUUUUUUAUGGUGCAAUGAAGGCCAGAAUAUACAUUGCAGCCCUUCACUUUAAUGAAAACUCCAGCCGGGAUCAAGCUGUGAACAAAAAUGGACAACUGAUUUAUUCUGUGUCAUAUCCCAAAGGCAGAAAUGGAGCUGGCAUCCCAAAGGAAGUCAAAGUUAAACAAACAUACAAUUAUGCAAUGGUUUUAAUGCAAGAAGUGAUCAAAGUGAGGCUAGAAUUUGGUUCAUACAGUGAGUCCAGAAAGAGUCGUGAGGCUGCCAUGGUGAACUGUCCCGCCCCAAUUGCAUCCUCGUACCAACAUGUCCCAAAGUCAGAACUUGUGGAGCGACAUAUCUGUCGGUUUAAUAAAAAAUGUAAGUUUACUUACAAUGAACUAGUAAUCAUGAACAUACAAACAAAAUGAAUUGUGCCCCAAUGUAAAUAAAUUUUUAGCUUGUAAACAUCAAUAAUUUUCUAAGCUGUUAAAAAUAAUGUUGUCUUUGAGUCAUUAAAACAGGGAUAAUGCUUUUGCUUGUUUAUAAUACAAUCCUUAAAAGAUGCCAUUGAUACGUACCUAG